UAUUGGUGUGCGUGGACAGGGUGUGGCCUGGUGAAAGCAGCUGUGAGGAGACUAUAUAAGCGACUACAAGCAUUCAGAGCUUCACAGUCACCCACUCAGCAGAGAGACACGCAGGGACAUCAUGAGGGAAAUAGUCCACAUCCAGGCGGGACAAUGCGGGAACCAGAUCGGCACCAAGUUUUGGGAGGAGAUCAGCGACGAGCACGGCAUCGACGCUGCUGGAAACUACGUGGGCGACUCUGCUCUGCAGCUGGACAGGAUCAAUGUCUACUACAACGAGGCGUCCUCACAUAAAUACGUCCCCCGCGCCGUGCUGGUGGACCUGGAGCCAGGGACCAUGGACAGUGUUCGCUCCGGCGCCUUUGGACAGCUCUUCAGACCAGACAACUUCAUCUUCGGUCAGACAGGUGCUGGCAACAACUGGGCCAAAGGUCACUACACAGAGGGGGCGGAGCUAAUGGACUCGGUCCUGGAUGUAGUGAGGAAGGAGUGUGAGCACUGCGACUGUCUGCAGGGCUUCCAGCUGACGCACUCGUUAGGAGGAGGUACUGGUUCUGGGAUGGGAACCCUGCUGAUUAGCAAGAUCCGGGAGGAGUAUCCUGACCGCAUCAUGAACACCUUCAGCGUCAUGCCCUCACCUAAGGUUUCGGAUACGGUGGUGGAGCCGUACAACGCCACCCUCUCUGUGCACCAGCUGGUUGAGAACACGGACGAAACCUACUGCAUCGACAACGAGGCCCUUUACGACAUCUGCUUCCGCACCCUGAAACUCACCACCCCCACCUACGGAGACCUCAACCACCUGGUGUCUGCCACCAUGAGCGGCGUGACCACCUCGCUCCGUUUCCCCGGACAGCUCAACGCCGACCUCCGAAAGCUGGCCGUCAACAUGGUUCCCUUCCCGAGGCUGCACUUCUUCAUGCCGGGCUUCGCCCCGCUGACUGCCAGGGGCAGCCAGCAGUAUCGCGCCCUCACCGUUCCCGAGCUCACCCAGCAGAUGUUUGACGCCCGAAACAUGAUGGCGGCCUGUGACCCCCGUCAUGGCCGCUACUUGACCGUGGCCACCGUCUUCCGUGGGCCGAUGUCCAUGAAGGAGGUGGAUGAGCAGAUGCUGAACAUCCAAAACAAGAACAGCAGCUACUUUGUUGAGUGGAUCCCCAACAACGUGAAGGUGGCCGUGUGCGACAUCGCCCCCCGCGGGAUGAAGAUGGCCGCCACAUUCAUCGGAAACAGCACGGCCAUCCAGGAGCUCUUCAAGCGGAUCUCGGAGCAAUUCUCGGCCAUGUUCAGGAGGAAGGCCUUCCUGCACUGGUUCACGGGAGAAGGGAUGGAUGAGAUGGAGUUCACGGAGGCGGAGAGCAACAUGAAUGACCUGGUGUCCGAGUACCAGCAGUACCAGGACGCCACAGCCGACGAUGGCGAGGAGAACUUUGAGGAAGACGAUAUAGACGAGUAGGGCCCAUUGGUGAAAUAUUUCGGAUUCAUGUUCGUCUUUGGUGUUUGAUUUCAGUAAAUUAAGAUCAAAACCAUACAGAGUUAAAUGAUUUUUAGCGUAAUUUUUGUCUUGAAGCCUGAAUUUUAAAAUUGUAGGAAAGCGGCUGUUCCAAA